GGCAACGGAAGCCCAUUUAGAUUUUGGGGGGAAAAAAACUGAAACAAAAAAAAAGGAGAGGAGAUCGGUUUUGAAAAGUUUAUGCCCCAGCUAAUUGCAUUUUGCAGCUAUAUUUAAUUAAAAAUGGAUGAAGUUCAAAGCUGGUGGGAAGUUCCAACAAUUGCCCAUUUCUGCUAUGUAUUUCGUGCUGCCUUCAAUCUUUUUUACAUUGAAAUUGGGGAAUUGGAGGCAGCUAUAUUAAAUAUACAAGAUCCUGAGAUGUGUAUGUCUUUAGAACAGAUAAUUACACGACUUUUGCAGGGCUGUUAUGAAGAAAAUGAAGUUACAUCAGAUAACUGGGAAGAGAAGUUGCAUGAAUUAUUCAAGUACAACUGUGAGGAUGGUGAAAAUCCUUUGGAAAAUAAUGCUUUUGCAUUUCUGUCUCCUCGCUCAAAAGUUGAAGUUCUCCUAAAAUUAUGUGAAUUUCGCUUGGAUGCUGAUGGUGUCCUGGAAGCAAUUAAAGAUAUUCCUUCAGAAGACAUGCAAGCUAGUUGUGUUGGAAAGGAUAGCGAGAAUAAUUCAUAUUGGUAUUUCUAUGAUGAACGUUUAUACAAAGAAGGUCCAUCUGCUCUAACUAAAAAAUCAAGGAAAUCUGAACAGCAGUCUGGAAAAGGAAAAAAUAUGAAAAACAAUUCUGCUAAAAAGACAACAAGAGAAAGAAAAUCCAAGUCAGAUGACAGUAACAAAUCUUGGUCCAUUGUUUGUCAUAAUUUAAGCGAUUGGGAAACUCUUAUGAAAAGUUUUUCUAAAAGUAGAUAUAAACAAGAGAAAGAAUUGGUUCAAGAAAUGAAGAAAAAAUAUUUACCUCUUCUUACAGAAGUUGUUGCAGAAAAAGAUCGAUUAUUAAGAAAAAGAUUUUUAGAAUUAGCACCAAAAAGAGUUUCACAAAGAAUAUCUAAAGUGCAAGCCCAAAAGAGAAUGGAAGAGCAAAUGGUAGCAGAAGCUAAUGAAAAGCGUCGAAUAGAAAUGGAGCAGGAACGAAUUAAAAAAGAGGCCGAGAAGAAAAAGAAAGAAAUAGAGGAUCGUAGAAAGAGAGCUGAAGCAAGAGAAAAGAACAUUCAAGAGCGAACAUGGCGUGCACAACAACGUGACAUGAUGCGUGGUGCAGAUGUUGAUGAUUUUAGUUCGGAUGAAGAUAAGAGAACUAAUACAAGGUCAAGAAAUGUAUCAGUACAAAAACAAAUUUAUGAAGAUGAAGAGAGUUCAGAUGAAGAUGAUAAGAGAACUAAUACAAGGUCAAGAAAUGUAUCAGUACAAAAACAAAUUUAUGAUGAUGAAGAUGAAGAGAGUUCAGAUGAAGAUGAUAAGAGAACUAAUACAAGGUCAAGAAAUGUGUCAGUACAAAAACAAAUUUAUGAUGAUGAAGAUAAAGAGAGUUCAGAAGAAGAAGAAGAAGAAGCUUCUGAUAAUGAUGAUGCUAGUCAAUCUGAAUCUGAAAAUGAAGUGUCUGCAAAAAGACAAUCCAAUAAUGAUGAAAGUGAAAUCAGUGAUAGUGAUAAGGAAUCGAAUAAAUCUACACCAAUAAGAAAAACAUAUAUUAAUAAUGGAAGUUCAGUUUCCCAAAAUUGUGUUCAACAGAACAAUAUUGGGAGAGCUAGUGUUAUACAAAACUCAUAUGGUGUAUCUAAAUGGAAUGUUGAUGGUGAUUCUAAAGAGCAAAAAAUUCACAUUGUACAAUAUGCUUAUGAUGAGCCACCCAAUAAUAAGCGAUUGAAACCAAAUGAAAGCAAUUAUAACAAUGGGCCAGUUAAUUCAGUGUCUGCAAAUGAUGCAAGACCUAGUUAUUAUAAUGAAAGUCAUGCUUAUCACCCACUACUUCAUCGAAAUUUAAAUUCGUGUUCAAAGAUAACAUCACCUGCACAGGUAAUAAGAAUUGACUUCAUCAAUCCAUCGAAACCUCAAAUUUCACGUUGAUCUGGUAGUGAAAGGAUUGAUCUUGAAGGGAAUAUAUUUUUCAGCUGCACAAUUUUUGUUUACAAUAUCUAAUUUAAAAAAAAAAAAAAAAAUCUGAAAAUCCUGUAUGAAAUUUGCACUAAUGAAGUAAAAUCUUUGAAGAAGAAAGUAACAGCUAAGUAUUCAAUUUGCUUGUGAUUUGUUGACUGGUUACAGGUGAUAAUUUUUUUAAUGAAUAUUAAUUAUGUGGUGAAAAUACUAUACCUUUUAGUAAAAUUUUGUAUAAUUUUUUGUGGUACUAUUUUUCAUAGUUUAAUUUCUCAGGAAAGUAGUUGUUUAGAAAUCAAAUAGUAGUAUUCAUGUUGAUUUCUGAAUAUGUGGAAAUUUACAGUUGCAUUAGUUUUGGUUAUUCUGGUAUUUCUAAUGUGUAUAAAAAGUUGAUUUUCUAUUUAUGGGGAAAAAAAAAAAAAAUCGAAUUCAUCAGUAUUGCAUUUUUACACUCUUCUGUCAUUUUAAAUUUGUAUCUUCCAAGAUUAGUAAAAAUGAUUUUUAAAAUAAUAAUUUAUAAUUUGCUCAGUUAUUAAAAUAUAAUAAUAUUAAAUUUUAAUAAUAAUAUUAAAAUAUAAUGAGCUUUUGAAAUAACAAACAUCUUUUGAAAGUUGAAAUUUUAGAGAAAUUAGAAUUAAUUUCCUUUUGUUUGCCUAUGAGAAACUUUUUUUCCAAUUAUUUUAAUUACUUAUAUAUUACAGUUCUGAAGAAUAUGUUUUGAAUUAUUUUAAUUUGUUUUAAACUUAUUGAAUUUAAGAUAUUUUAAAAACUUAUUUAAUUUACCUGACAAGCAAUAUCUUUCUUAGAAUUUUUAUGAGUGAAUUUUUGUCUUCCCUCUUCUAUAAAAUACUUUGUCUGAUCUCUUGUUUAAGGUUUAAAUAUAUUCCUUUAUAAAACUACAAAACAUUUAUGUUGAAAAGUCAAUUUACUA